AGGUUCAUCGCCUCCUUCACCUCAGCCUACCUCUCCCUCGCCAUCCUCCAAUCCAAACCCACCUCCUCCUUCACCACCACCACCACCAACCUGGACGGCACCACAACCCAAACCCCCCUCGCCGGCCGCACCCUCGACCUCACCCUCUUCGCCCUCACCCGCGCCAUCGACGUGGUAAUCGGCACAGCAUGGAACCUCCACCGCCAGCGCCGCCAGGCAUCCAAUAAAUGGACCCGCCUCGAAUCUCUCAUCUCCAACGUCACCGACCCAGCCAUCUUUGCCCUUUCUUCCGGAAUGGUAAUGUGGUCUUGGUUCUACUACCCCUCCUCCCUCCCCCGCGCCUACAACAAAUGGAUCGACUCCGCCGCCGCGGUAGACAGCCGCCUGAUCCAAGCCCUGAAGCGUUGCCACGACGGCACCCUCCGCUACGGCGAGGAGACGGGGCAAGCGGAGUUGCUCGGGUCGAUGUGUAAAGACUACAGCCUGCCAGAAGUGUGGGGUGAUCCGGCCAGGUCGAUCCCUUUUCCAUGUGAGAUUGUUCACAUGGGCUGUGGACCGAGCUGUGAAUACCAUGCCCUCUCCCGCUUUGUCAGGUCGUUCAAGUGGGCUAUGACGACUUACUUGCCGCUGUCCCUGCUUCUCGCCUUGAGGAACCCAAGCAAAAAGGCGUUUAGACGGGCGGUUCUGUCAGCUGCUAGGACGUCGACCUUUUUGGGGACGUUUAUCACACUUUUUUAUUAUGGAGUGUGCUUAGCCCGGACGAGGAUUGGGCCGCAUAUUAUUGGGAAGGGGAUUAAGGAAAGGAAUAUGAUUGAUGGGGGGGUUUGUGUGGGCACGGGGUGUGUGCUUUGCGGGUGGAGCAUUUUGAUUGAGAAGGUGGGGAGGAGGAAGGAUGGGGGGUUGUUUGUUGCUCCGAGGGCGAUGGCUACGUUGCUGCCGAGGAAGUACGAAAAGACAAAGGAGUGGAUGGAGCGGGUGGUGUUUGCGGGGAGCACGGGGGUUGUUUUUACUUGUGUGCUGGAGGAUCGGGGGAGGGUGAGGGGGGUGCUGGGGGGGUUGUUGGCUGGGGUGUUGAAUCAUUGA